AUGGAAAAUUCGCCUGAAAAUUUGCUGCGAGAAAGAACAAUGCGGCACGCCAGCGUUAAGGGACCUGCUGGAAAACAAACCGACGUUCAUCUUAAAUCUUCGUCUUCAUCUUAUCAGCCCGUUACACCUCCAUCAACGGUCAAGAAAACGGCGCGAAAAGAGAAUGUGCUUGACGUGCCAAAGCCGAUAAAACUGUUACCGGCGCUGCGAAAGUGCUCCUCGAAAACACGCAAACCACGGCUGAAAUACCGACCUCAGCCCAAUUCAGUUUUCGAUUUAUCCCUUUACAUCUCUGGUGAACGGCACUCUUCGCAGUGCAGUGAACCUAAUGCAGAGUUUUUGCGCUACGCUUUGCAACACAGCAAAAGAACGGUGGUAAUAGCGGGCGCAGGAGUAUCCACGGACGCUGGAAUCCCCGAUUUUCGUUCAUCUGAAGGCCUGUUUUCCACGCUGAAAGGUCCUGGCGUAAGUUCAGGCAAAGAUCUUUUCGAUUACAACGUUGUGUAUUCCAAUGCGGAAAUGGGUCUUCGGUUCAACCGGUUAAUCGCAGGUUUACAUGAGAAAUGCCUCCAGGUUUCGCCAACGCGAUUCCACAACUUUCUGAAUUCUAUGGCACAAGAGGGACGCUUACGUCGUUUGUACACCCAAAAUAUCGAUGCUUUAGAGGAUCAAACUACACAUCUGCAUUCGAAGAUCCCGCUAGAGAAGCCAUUCCCCGCCACAAUCCAGCUCCAUGGAAGCAUCAAACACAUGUCCUGCAACAAGUGCUCAAAAAUUUACGGACUUGACCCAAGCCUUUUCAAGCUACAUGAGCACCACGUUGAUCGUGAAGUAGUACCGCUUUGUCCUCAGUGUUCUGAAUUCGAAGCUGUACGUGUCGUUGCCGGCUUGCGUUCUCAGGGCGUUGGCAAACUACGGCCACGAGUCGUCCUAUACAAUGAAACACAUCCCGAAGGUGAAACUAUUGGCAAUGUGGUGACAAACGAUCUCAAGAACAAGCCUGAUUGUUUGAUCAUAGUUGGUACCACGCUCAAAAUCCCAGGCGUGCGGUCGAUGUGCAAACAAUUCGCUCGCAGUGUGCACGAUGCCCGUGGUAUCGUGGUGUGGAUUAACACUGAGUUACCCGCUAAAAGUAUUGAAGAUUUCGUUGAAUGCAUCGAUAUAAUCAUCGUGGGUGAUUGCCAGAUGGUCUCAGAAUUGUUGGAACAGGAAUAA